AUGAGGAACAAGGGUGAGGAAAUUGAAAGCGAAUUAGUACACCUCAACUAUGACUUUGAUAUCAUGGGCUUCUCGGAGACAUGGUUUUCUUCACAGUCAGACGUGGCUCGCCUGUACCGUCAAGCCCUGCAACUACGAAUCCUCGGGAACGAACGCACAGCAGUUAAACAAAAUAAGUGUCGUGAGCUCUCAAACCUCGUAGACCGAAACGUCGAGUUCAUGUGGCGUCAGUCGCUCAGUUACCUGUGGGCCACCACACCAAGGAAGUCUCCAGCUGCUAGAGACCUUGUGCAUGUUCUCGGGGAUGCUUUUGUUCCCGACAACGUUAAGGACACCCUAUGCCUCGGACCAAAGUCUUCAUCGGUGGCAUCUGAAAGGGUUAAUGAUUUCUUGUAUGCAGGCAGUAGCAGCUCAUCUCAGGGCUGUGGAGUUGGCCGAUCGGCACAGGCGUGGCUCUCCCGAGCCAUUCAGAACCUGAGUCCUAAGCUUGCUCGCAAGUUUCAACAAAGCACCGGUUCAGGUGCAGCUCGCCGAGCCUCCUGUAGUCGAGCCCCUUCUUCCGAGUCUUUGCUUAAGGCUCCACCUGUCCAGAAAAAGCGAACCGGAAGUGCGACACGACCGAGCUCCUUGCCGUCAGGUGAAUCAAAACGAACAAGUGGAGCUUCUAAACAGCAGAGAUGCAGGGCACUCACUGCACCAAUAGAAGACCCUCUUCUUUCUUCAUGUGCUAGAGGGCUUGACAAGCAGUGCUCACCAUCACUUGAUGCCACUUCUGCUGCUGGCCCUGUGGCAUCAGAGUCUUGUGACGAAGCUAGGUGUCCUAAUGCGCAAAGUACUGAAGCUAGCAGGCCAGAGGCGUACGGUGUAGUACGUCUACGUGAAGUGCUGGCAGUGCUGCGGAGUGACAUCAGCUCUGAAGAGAAGCUGGUCGCCAUCAAGCGUGGACAUGAUCGCUGGUUUGCAGUAGGCUCGUCCAUGGGUGACGUGUCAAGGCUGCGUACUGGGUCGCAGCAAGGUGCCGAGAGCCAGCAUGCACGACGCAGUCUUCACAAGCUGCAGGACAUGAAGCAAUUGGGUCCCAUUCUAGAAUUGCCGAAAGGAGCAGAGACACCACCGAAGUCGCCAACAUCUGUGCAAGAGUGGGUGAAUUCACUUCCAGCUGAUGAGCCAGAUAAGGAGGAGUCAAGCAACAUACAGCCAGUUGAACUGGCAUCUAUGUUGCACCAGGAUAGUGGCUACCAGGGUCAUAUGGAAUGCCCUAUGCUGGAAGCUCCUGUCAAUGAGACACAGGAUGACAACCUUAGCCUCGGUGCCGAGGCUCGAACAUUGGAUAAUGCAGCCUUGCUCCAGCCCAAGUCGGUCCAGUCAAGUUCAGGGAAGGCAAUGUUGGCAGAACUACGAAGCAAACAGAGCAGCUUCAACUCUGAAACUUCUGGGUUCUCAACUAUAUCAAGCAUGUCCAGCGUUGAGUCCUUGCUUGAAGCCCGUCGGGAGGAUCCUGAAGAGCUUCUCCUUGCACUUGGCUUUGGUGGACCUGUGCGAGAUGAGAACCCAGUCUCACGCAUUCCUGAGCGCUUCUUGGCACAACCAUCGCAGGCUCGUGGUGUCGAUAUGCGCCGUUUUGUCACCCACCAGGAACAGUUAAGCCAGCGACAUGAGGCCGGCCUUCCAGCUCCAGUGCAUCAGUCCAGCCCACCAUCUGCAAUCAGCUCCAAGAUUAUUGAAGCGAUCGAGCAAAACCAAAAGACUCGGUCUUUUGCUGCCACUGCAAAGUUGGCGCGAACCAGCAGCCUUUUGCUGAGCAGUGCUAGCAGAGGAAGCUCUGACAGCAUUUUGGAGCCAGCUAACCGAGAGUUUCUAGAGCGACAGGGCAUUCAAGACAAAAUGCCUGGCCACAAGAGGCUUGUCUUGGGGCACCAGACCUUCAGCUUUGAUCUUGAAUCAGGCCUUAUGCUUCUCACAUCUGAACGUCGUCGCAUGCGGUGGCGUUGGCGGCGUGCUGUGCGCAUCAUCCUUGACAAGAGACGGGGCUCACAUAAGGUCUCGUUAGGUAAAAUGCAAGGGGACUGUGAGCACCCAUUGGCAAGCUUGGAUGGCCCGUCAGCUGAUUCGGGGCUCGGAGAGUUGAUCAGUGUUAAUGGUGGCAGUGUGGACUCAGCUUCAUGUGAUUCUUAUGCUGCAAGCAACAAUGGUCACAAAAACUUGUCUGAAAGAGACCAAGUGUCACUUGCUCCUGAUGAUAAAGGGGAUAUUGACAGUGUGCCCACAGAGCGUCACAAGAGGCCACUACUCUACAGGCAGUCAACCAUAACGGAGGAAGUUGCUUCGAGCCAGCCAGGAGAUCCCUUGGAUACAAGCAAUCAGGAUGGUAGUGAGGAAUCGGGGGAGCACACACUUACCGAGCUUUCGGAUUUGCAUCGAGCCCUGCGAGAGUACAAAGCAAAGCACCUGCGGUGUGGGAGCUCACUUGUUGGUCUGGUGCGAAAAACACAAGAAACAGCGCCUGACCUUGAAGCUAUUUGGCAGCUACGGGAAGCAAUAUCACAAGAAGUGAAACGAGCAGACAGCAUGCUAUCCUCACAUGAGAUGGCAGCUUUGUUGUCUCAGCCUUGCACAGACUGUGUGAACUAUACUCUGCUCAAGGAAAAGUUGUCUGAGCUCCUGAUCCUGCAAAAAGAUUUAUGUUCUCGGAUUUCACGUAUUCUUCAACAAGGGGGUGAUUAAAGCUCCGAAGGGCACCCAACAUGGUUUCUGCAUUGGUUCAUUUUGUCGCCUUUCAUUAUUUAGUGCAACCUAAGAGAGCAGGUAUUCCAUCUCUCUGCUUGUUUAGCCUUUUAGCAAGUUUUUCAAAUUUUCACGGAUUAGUGGCAUAAGCAACUUCUGUGUUAUUGUAAUGAAGCUGCCCACAGUGUCUGUCUCGGCCUAGUCACUUUGUACGACUUACUACUAUUCCGUUGUGUCCAGAGGCAUCUCAGUUGCAUGCUGCUUAAAAUUUUAAAUCAUUUUAGUGUGAUUACAUCUGCACCUUUCAUGUGGUUUGGGCUAGUCAGUAUUUCUGCACAUGUGUGCAAGCUUAGAGAUUGCAUAGUGUCCAAGCAUCAGGGUGCAUUUGUUAAUGGACCACUAUAUUUUAACAUUUUGAUAACAUUUCAUAUCAGCAGGUGUGAUCCAAUGAGACCAGCCACAACACUAGCACUUUGCAUGUUGCCGUAAAGCAUGAUAUUUUUCACUACAGAUAUUUAUGCUUCCAAUAUUUAUAUUUGUUAUGUGCACAACAUGCUGUGGCUGUUAUAUAAUAGGAAUGAGCCCAUCACUUAAUUCAAGUACCUUGGUGUGUCACAGGCUUACAUUGUAACUAUUCCCAGUGUAUUAUACUACCAUAGUUCAGCUGUGGUGUGAAAGUCAGAGAAGUAUAUAUGAGAAGCAUUGCUGCAGUGCUUGAUGCAAGCACAAGUUUGUAGCACUCAUGGGACAGUUUUAGGGAGGGCAGUGUCUUCUUGCUAAUAAUAAGGCUGUCUUUGGGUUUGACAUUUAGAAGACAGGGUGUACUGCUAGUGCCGAAUUCAUAUACAGGGGAGGGGAGAGGAGUCAGAAGUUCGCAGAGCACUAUCCCAUGUUUCUAUGGAAGCGUGGCCUGCAAACUUCUGACCAGCAGUGUACAUGGUUUUCUUAUUGUUGUAUUUGUGUAAAAUUCCUACGAGUAGUACUGUUUUUAAGGAUGUUUGUUAUAUUUUGUGUAUAAAACUGAAUUUGAUGUCUAAAUGUAAAUGAAGUUUGGCUUGGUUGCAAGGUUUAGAAAAGGCUGUGUUUUACUGUCACUACUAGAAGUUUGUUUUACAGUGUUGCGUUUAGUUGCACCUGCCAUGUAAAAGUAGAUAUCACUAGCUGCUGUGAGGUUUUAUGCUUCAAGUUUCAUAUGUUUGGCUUUUGUAGAGGCAAGAACCGAACUUUUUUGUGGUUAAAUUAGGCACUUUUUUUUGUACUUGCCAGUCUUAUUAAGCAAGUGAGCAUAUCUCGUGCAGGACUUGAGAACAAUACCGACUGUCAGGUAACCUUUGAUGCUUUGCUUUGCCCUCUUCCACACAUGAAAAUUUUAUUUGUACAGAAACGUGCAUGCAUAAUUUACUGCCAUGUGAUGAAGCACAGAUGUUGUUUACAUUGAAUAAAAUGUGUUAGUUUGUGUAA